AUGAACAAACAACAGGAGACGUGGGAGAAACUGGACUCAGAGUUUGACCAUCACCUGGUUGACAUGAAACCAUAUGUCCUAAAACUCCACCACAAGACAGGUCUACAGUAAAAUGAGUUGUAUAACUAAAAAGCAAGUGUUCUAUAAAUUGUAAUUGUCUUAUGUGUUAAUAGUAAGUAAUGCAUUGAUUGUAAUUUCUUGCUCCCUAUUUGACCUCAGAGCGCCAGCGAUGUGCCCUGUGGAUCAAGAAGCUGUGUGACCCAGCUGUAUCCGGCUCGGGCCUGAUGGGACGCAAGAACCGCAACAUGUACUCCCGCCUUCUCCUGCACAUGCUCAGAAGAGGGGUCCUGGAGGGCCCUUCAGCCAAAAGCCGAUGCAUCUCAGGACUCUCCCAACAUUAUGGUAAACAAAAAAUCCUAUAAGACAAAAGAGAAAUGAUGAUGUAAGCUCUAUAAAUUCCAAAAUAUCUUUUCUCCUCUGUACUGCUAGUGGGGCUGCCCAUGCUGUCAGGUUUUCGCCUUUCUAGGGAGUUUUUCCACCCCUGCUUCUAAAAACCCCUGCUUACUAGCUGUUUGGGGGUUUUGGGGCUGGUUUCUUACAGCACUUCGAGAUAUUUGCGAUGUAAAAGGGGCUUUAAAAAAAUUGAUUAUUGAUUGAUUGAUUUUUUUUGUUUAAUUCAUGUACCUUUUAUAGUACUUUGUGGGCCCUGUAUUUUAUAUUUUUUUUUUUUUUUUUUUUGAUGGCAAAACUCAGCUCUCCCCAAACCUUUUCUCAUUGCCAGUCCAUCUACUUUGAUACCUCUAUUGGCCGGGGGCCUGGAGCAGAGACGCAUCCUGCCUGACGGGGAACAGGAGAGCUGGGCCAGGGUGACGACUCCUGGGAAAGCCUGCUCAGAGAGCGGGCCAGCUCCUCACCCACAGCCUACUCUAACACACACAGGUAGGUUAUUCCCCUGCAUAAACUAGCGCUUAAGCUACAUACUCAACUGGUAUGCAUGCUAGCUACAGUAGAAGUCUGCUGAAUUCAAACACACACACACAGGUGUUUAAUCUGGAAUAGACCACCUCACCCUCUGGGCAAAAGUGGUUGAGUCAACGUAGUUUCCUAGUUAUUUACUCUUACUUAAAAACCUCUUCGAUGUAAAGUCCCCUAAACCUGCGUGGUUCUGCAUUUACUUUUUCGCCAACCUAAAUAUGCUGGACUGCCCUCGAAUUCUGAAACAUUGUCUAUGCUACUCAACAUGUUUUUUUAUUUGUUUUUUAUUUUAUUUUUUAUAUAAUAUGCUACUUACAGUAGUUGUAUACAUACUUCAAUGUAAAAUAUCAACUGUCUGUUCACCUGUUAAAUCUGACUGUAUGUUAUAAACCACAUUGCACUGAGCGAUAGCCCUUGUUCCCAGGGGCACAGUAGUAUAUUUUCUGAGCCUGUGUGACGUAGGAUGUGAAAUCUGAAACCACUUGAAGCUGGGAUGGCCCUCCUGCCAUUUUAUUAGCUCUUCCAACUGUCCAUCAACUCCUGGCUGAACCCUAAGUCACAGCCAAUGACAAAGCACAUGCCUGCAAUCCUUACAUCGUAGCGCUGUAGGAGAGAUCGUUUCGAUAGCCAUUCAUCUAAAAUAAUUAAUAGAUUUUAAACAAAAUACACUUCCUGUUUGUCAAAGAGGGACAAGAUUAAUGUGAAAUGAAAGGUGAGUUCCUAAUGAGUUCAGGAAGCCAAGCUAAAGCUCUGAGACAUUCACAGCGAUGGGGGCAGACGUUUUGCUUAAGAGAGACCUUUAGGAAAUAUACAUAUUUUCUCUAACACUAAACAUACAAAUAUGUAUUUUACAGUUAUAAGGAAGGUGAAAUCUUAUAUUUAGUCUAUAUUAAGCAUAUGUCAUUUCAAGCCUUAUUCAUACAGUUUUGUUGAAUAGGAAAUACAUCAUAUAACAUAUUUCAUAUUUUUUAUCAUAUUUGUACUGUGUACUUGAGCUUGUGUCCUCAAAAGUGACUACACCUCAGCAAUUUAUAGCUUUUUACCAGAAAGGUGAGAUUUUAACCUUUCUUGGAGUAUGCAGCAUUACUAGUUAUUGUGUAUGGCCCUCAUGAUAAAUAAUUACUUUUGGGGAUUACGUUGAUUACAUUUAGUUACAUUUAACUGUUUUUUAAUUAAUGUAAUCACGUUGUGUUGACGUAGCUAUUUCGUUGAAUUUGCACAAAACAUCAUCAAUAUGGUUGUGCACUUUUUGCGAAAUCUGUAUUGUUUUCAGAAGCUUGAUCUCAUGACAGUGCAAUCAGAUAUGGACAGUGGACACUUGCUUUUUUGUAUAGGCUACUGUAUGGUCCCUAGGCUCCCUGUUUCUAGGUUCUUAAGUAGUCUGGAAACAUUGAACCCUCUCAGUCAGUCUACCAGUAAAACGGCUCUAGUAACUUGCUUAUCAACAAGCGUUAAUGUCGAGCCAUGUACAUAGCCUAUCUAUUUACUAGGCUACUACCCACUGUGCAAAAACAUUGUUUCCAUGUAAUUUCAACAAAAUAAUUUCAAUGUGAUGACGUUGAAUCAAUGUUGAAAACUGAUUGGAUUUGCAAAAAGUCGUCAACGUAAGGGAAUUUAGUCUUCUUUUCACCCAACUUUUAGCCUAAAUCCAAUGACAUGGUUACAUUUUUGGUUGAUUUCAAGUUGAAUUCACGUUAGUUGACAACUCAACCAAAUGUAAAUCAAAACUAGACGUUGAAAUGAUGUUUGUGCCCAGUGGGAAGGGGGAGACCUUUAAUGCUUUGUUGAAUCUACUUUUUAAAAAUCUGGGCCAAGGUUGAUGUAGGGACAGUGGUGACUGGUUCUUGGAAAAUAUUAUUAAGGAUGUGUUGAACGGGACGACUAGUUGCUUGCACUGGAAAAUUCAGUGGCAUCUUGAGCCAAAGAACCAUUCAGCUCAGUUAGAUUGAUUGUGGUUCUGUUUGUGUCCCUAUGUGUAUAGUCACUUUAAAGAUACACAUAAGUUUGAUUUUGAAAAGCCGUUGGCAUGACGUAUGAGAUGUCCUCGUUACAAAUCCGACCAGUUACACAAGCAUGCCUAACGGUAACCUCAAUUAGCCUAAGUACACUGGCUGUAUUGAAGAGCUGGAUUUUUUUGUCUGACUAGUGUCUGAUUGGGAUAAGAGCAUUUAAAGAGCGUAUAGAUCAGGCUAAGGCCUGAUGGAGAAAAUGACUUAGUACCCCAGGCUCUUUAAUGUGACUCUCCCAUUUAGAUUAGACUCUAGGGACCUAAUUUGACUCUUUGCGAUGUUUGAUCUUUCGAUCUCUGCCUCAUGCCAUUAAUCAGGUGAUGGGGUGUUUUUUUAACUCUCAAAACAGCCGUAAUUCAUGUCCUAACACCUGAUAAGUGAAGUAGUCAUUUAACUUUGGGGUGCUUGCAGGUUAGGCUUUAUCAGAAAUCCUGUUCUAUAUCGGCAAUCCUGUUCUAUAUCGGCAAUCCUGUUCUAUAGCAGCAAUCCUGUUCUAUAUCGGCAAUCCUGUUCUAUAUCGGCAAUCCUGUUCUAUAUCGGCAAUCCUGUUCUAUAGCAGCAAUCCUGUUCUAUAGCAGCAAUCCUGUUCUAUAUCGGCAAUCCUGUUCUAUAUCGGCAAUCCUGUUCUAUAUCGGCAAUCCUGUUCUAUAUCGGCAAUCCUGUUCUAUAUUGGCAAUCCUGUUCUAUAUCGGCAAUCCUGUUCUAUAUCGGCAAUCCUGUUCUACACUGAGUAUACCAAACAUUAGGAACACCUUCUUAAAAUCUCGGAAGUAUCGUGAUGUUGGACAUCUGGGUUUAGAAACUCUGUGUUAAACUGGCUAGGAGAGAGACACUAUAUUUGACUGGAGUGAGUAAGUUCCAGAUUUGGCCACAGGAUGGCGAUACUCACCUGCAGAACCCUGAUGGUUCUGUACCUCUGUUCUCAACUGAUAAAGUCUAGUUGUUUCUGUGUGAAAGGAAUGGGGAUAGCAAGCUGAUCCAGGUUAAGAGAUCAUCCUCAGAGGCUCUGGUGUGUAGCCUACGUGCCAACUCCUGGUACUCACAUGUCACUUAUGGAUCAGGCCUUAAACAUGCCAUGACUGUCUUGACACAUUGUUUGUUGUCUGUGGCGUGCCUUGGAGAGCUCUGAGAGAAGGGGGAGAGAGGCGAAGUGUGUGUAUGUGUUGGGGGAGCUGAAUCUUGAAACAAAUCUCAUGUUGACUCGGCAUGUGUGGAAGUGUUGCGUUCGUUACUAAAGAUGAGGGGAAUUUCUGGUCUUUCGCCCCUCAUAGCAAACAGGCAAAGGUGGAAGGAUGAAUGUGUGGUGGUGGUUAGCAGCAUAUUUAUUAACCCCUAUAUGUUUCUUAUGUGAAUCCCUUCCGUUGCUCUCUCUCUCUCCUCUCUUUUGUUUUUUCUGCUUUCUGUUUUACUCACUCUGACUUCUGUCUAUCAUCUGAGUUCCACACAUGAGAACCCUUAACCUCUCCCUCUCCCUCGCCAAGUGUGACAGUAACAUUGUCCUUGCAGCAGCAGACAUCAAACAGCCUUCAUGAACGACCUGUUUAGCCGCCUCAGGUGUUUCCCUCCAAGGCAAGAGUCUCUCCGUUGACCUUGCCUCCAGGUGGUUGAGUUAAGGGGUCCACGUCUUGUUUGUGCCCCAGGGUCGGUCUACCUUCCUUGGGGUGCCUGAGGGUGAGACCUGGGGCCUCUGGCCCCUGCACCUGGAGGUCAUGGAUGAAGCGUAUAGAUGUCAGGCUUUUUUAAUAAGACUGGCUGCAGCAGCAGAGACACACACUUCCCCUCUCUCUCCCCUAGCCCCGACCUGCCUGGCUGGCACAGCUUUGAUCUCUGGGCCUCAGACUCCAGGCACAUCUGAUUCAAUUAUCCUCAUCCACCUGUUGACUUUGAGGCCCGACAUUGCAUUGCUCGCUUGGCCCCCGGUCUGCCUUUCACGGCUCUGUGUGUGUGUGCAUACUUGAGGGGAAGAAAGAGUGCCUGUUAGUUUUCACGUAGGCUGCUUUAACAGCUGGUAGGGAGACACACAAAGGAUACAAAAUAUGCUUUCAUGAUGAUAAGUUUGACCUCAACCGACACUGUAAUUGAGAACAUACCAGUUUUGUAUCCUUCAGUCUCGCUCACUUUAUAACAGAAUGUAGAUGCAUAGAGAGCUCCCCCUCCUGGCUCUGAUGCUGAAUUUCACUGGUCCACCUUCUCUAUCUCCCUCUUAUGCCCCAUACAGGUCAAAAAUGCGUGCUGUUGGGGGGUACUGGAGGACUGGAGUUGGGAAACACUGUUACACUGCCCUCAGUGCCCUGAUUCUGUCAGAGUCAGCAAAGGUUCCCAUUGUUGUCCUCUCUCUCUCACUGGCUGCUGGGGUGUAUAGAAAUGUAAUGAAUAGGACUGGGACUUGCCAGGGACCUCACAAUACAAUAUCACGAUACUUAGGUGCUGAUACGAUAUGUAUUGCGAUUCUCACGAUUCUAUGUAUUGCGAUUCGAUGUUCCAAACAUAUUGCUCACCUUGUCUGCUGCAGGGGAACAAGAGAGAGCCAUGUAAAAGCGAGUGUUGAUCAGUCAUGGAAAUAAAAGUGCUGAAAAUGUUGGCUCACCAUUUAAAUAAUAAGAUUGAUAGCAAGCUAGAGAAUAAAUACCAGUUUUGGCACAGGUACAGCUGACUAGAGCUAGCCAAAGUUAACUACCUAGAAAUAAUAUUGUCAAAAAAUUAUAUUGCGAUACUCUAAUGUAUUGAUUCCCCCCCGCCAUUACUAGUAAUGACUAGACUUCGUUUGUCUUGUACAAUAAAAAAGGGAAUGGUGUCAGUCAUCUGUACAAUACAUUUCUAUUUGAACUUUCUGUAACGUUUUAUCCUCUUGAACAGGCAACACACACACACUGUUGGGUGAAAUGGUUCAUGUGGAUGUUUUUGAUAGAACAUUUUAGUCAUUUAGCAUACACUUAUAUAGAGUGAUUUACAGUUCAUUCAUCUUAAGAUAGCUAGGUGAGACAACCACAUCUCAGUCAUAGUAAGUACAUUUUUCCUCAAUAAAGUAGCUAUCUGCAAAGCCAGUGCUAGUAGGAAAAAGUCAAGUGCGAGAGGCAAGGGUGUUAGUUUGUUGAAGAGAGUAAAACGUUGAGCUAAAAGCAUAGCUGCAUCAGAAAUGAGCCAAGUACAGAUGUAGGAUCUUAAUUUGAUCACUCUUUUGUUGCUCAGAAUUUUACUGCACCGCAGGAAAUAGCCUAACCAGCUAAUAUCCUAACCACCGAUCAAGCAACAUUAUGGACUAAACGUUCAAAUCAUGUUGCUGCAGUAUUAUUUUGCUGCGACAAUACAGGUCAAAGUAUAAAGAUCCUACAUCUGUACAGCAUGACUCACAUUUGAUGAGUUACACAUUAUAUUGAUAGACAUAAUGUAAGCCAGUGAUUGAGUGAAGCUAUUGCCUGUAAUAUAACCAGUGAUACAUGGACACUCAGAUCUUUGCAUUUAGUUGUUCUCUUCAAUCUUUCCUAAUGUAAAUCUCUCUCUCAUCUAUCUCUUUGUUUCUCCCUCCCUCUUUCUAUAUAUCUCCCUCUCCCUCCCUCUCUUUCUCACGUUCUCUUUUAUCUCUUUCUCCCUCCCUCUCUCUCCAGGAGAAGACGGCUAUAUGAGGAGAAGUCUCCAUCUCGGCCCCUGGCCUCCAGCCCAGUCAAACGCUCUUCCGAAGACCACAACAAAGGGGUCAGCAGCACUCUAUAA